AUGCUUCCGGGUCCGCCCUCCCUCCAGCAACUGUGGUCUGCCCUCGCGCCAGCGGCAGCAGGGGGGUGGGCGCACAUGUCGUUUGCAUCGCAGCUGCCGUCGCACUGCUGGAAUCUCACCACCGCUGCUCUCCGAUCCAACGGCUCUCAGCUGCCCAUGCCCUUCAACACCUGGUCCUCCUUCUCCUCCUCCCCCACUGCUCCCACUACCACCACUGCUGCCCCUGCCUCCGCUCCUGCUUCCUCCCCUCCUGCUGCUUCUGCUGCUGACACCACUCAGAUUCUCGACUUUGUCCCCUCUCCCUCCUACACUCUCUUCUUCUCCUACUUCGAUCAGACCCUCUCCUUCCCCCACCUCCCCCCCUGCUUCCAGGCUGUCAUGCCUCCCCCUCCCUCCCUCCCAAACCCUUCCCCUUCCCCUCCCCCUCGCCCACCCCCCCGUCCCCCUCCAAGCCCCCCACGGCCUCCCCCAAAACCCUCACCUCCCCCCUGGCCCCCCCCAAGUCCCCCUAGGCCCCCAUCUCCCCCACCCCGACCUCCGCCGAAUCCCCCCAAGCCACCCCCUCCUCCUUCCCCUCCCCCACGCCCUCCCCCUCGCCCUCCUUCCCCCCCUCCCAAGACUUCAACCACUAGUAAGCCCCCUCCCUCCCCUCCCCCUAAGCCUCCGCCCUCCCCUCCCCCUAGGCCUCCGCCCUCCCCUCCCCCUAGGCCUCCGCCCUCCCCUCCCCCUAAGCCUCCACCCUCCCCUCCCCCUAGACCACCCCCAAGCCCCCACCACUGA